CUGGAGCUUCCGACAUCACCGCGCCCGCCGUGAAGGUUCCCAGGUCUCCGCCAAUUUAAUUGAAAUUCAAUCUUUUUUUUUCGUUUCCCAUUCAUUCUUCAUCCCUUUUCCUCCACCACCGGUUGUCGAUUCUGCCCGUGUCGCAAUCGUGUAACUCCCCGCUGUAACUCCCCGCAACCAUCGCGGAUAACAGCACAUUAGCUUGUGCUGUCGACUUGUCGCAUUAGAUACCACGUACCGUAUCCGACAAGGUCUCCGCUACGUCCCGUCGUCCCAUCCUCGUCGAGUACGAAACACGGACUGUGUCGUCCCAUCUCGACAACCCCUCCAUUGACGAACGAUUUGCGACCAUUACGCCACUCUGCGCAGGGUACAGUGUUUCAUCGAUCUGAAACCCACCAUGACUCUCAACAACCCGGCCGCCCGUCGCGGCGGUGCCACGCGCAGUCUUAUACCUCGAGUGUCCUCCUCCAUCACAGCAACGGCAGCUACAGCAGUUCUGGCCGCUGCAUUUAUCCCGAUGGCGUCCGGUCACGACCACCACGAAGAUCAGAUCCCCGAGGGGGCCACCAUCUCGGUCGAACCUCUCGAUACGACACUAUGGCUUCACAUCUUUCUUCAGACCUUUGUCUUUGGCAUCCUGUUCCCCACGGGCAUGGUAUUGGGGAUGAUCAAGAGCCGCUGGCACGUCCCUCUCCAAGUCCUCGCGACCGCACUCGCCUUCCUCGGAUACGCACUCGGCCACUUGCACAAGGGCAGACAGUUCAUCUCCAACAAUGUCCACGCUAGCUUCGCCAACAUUCUGUUCCUCAUGAUGAUCGGCCAGGUCGUCCUGGGCGUCUACCUCAAGCUACACCUCGAGAAGGGCUUCCAAGGCCGCAUCCGCCCCUUCCUCCGAAUCCUCCACAGCAUCAACGGCAAGGCCUUCCCUCUCGCCUCGUGGGUGCAGAUGGUGUUCGGCGGCAUCACUGCUCUCGGCUUCUGCCAGGGUGAACAUACCGGUCAGUGCUUGGCCCACUUCAUCAUGGGCAGCGCCUUCAUCGCCUACGGUGUCCUCUUGACCAUCGUCCUCCUGGUCGGUCAGCUGUGGUUGCGCCGCACCGGCCGUAGCCAGGAGUUCUUCGACAGCGCUGUCAUUGCCGCCUGGGGCUGCGUCAACACUUUCACCGAGCACCGCUGGGGAACUGCCUGGGUUCGCAACGAUUGGCAGCACACCACCAUGGGCGUUAUCUGGUGGGCUGCUGGUCUCGCUGGUGUCUGGCUCAGCAGGAACAGAGACGGCACUCCCAAGCGCAACUUUAUUCCCGGUUUUGUUCUGCUGAUUACUGGCUGGGCUAUGUCUGCCCAUCCCCAGGAGCUCAUGAUCAGCGCCAUGACCCACAAGAUGUUUGGUUACAGUCUCAUGGGCGCCGGUCUUACUCGUAUCAUUGAGAUUUCCUUCAUUCUCAAGGACAAGCCGGCUGUUUCGGACCAAGGCUACGAGACGCACAGCUUCCAAUACGUUCCUGUUUUCCUCCUCUACGCCUCCGGCUUCCUCUUCAUGAGCGCCACCGAAGAGCAAAUGGCCCUCGUCGCCGGCUCCGGCAUCGACCACGUCGCCUACGUCCUCAUCAUUUACUCCCUCGCCUUCAUCCUCUUCCUCUUCGUCAACAUUCUCAUCCACCUCUACGACCGUACUGCCAACGCCGACAGCCUCAACAAGACCACGCACGGCAACGGCGCUAUCCGGUUGAACGGACGGCCCACAAACCCCGAGACCCAGCUGCGCGAUGCUGGCGAGUUCGAGCUCGAGGGACUUAUGAGCGAUGAUGAGGAUGAUGAGGUUGCCAGCAGGAGGAAUUUGUUGAAGAAUGAGAGGGAUGAGGGGAUUGCUAGUCCUAGCACGGCCGCGAGGAGGUAAUGGAAGGAACAAGGGAAGGGAAAGGAAAGCGGAGAAAAGCGAGUAUAUAUAAUGGCGAGGGGAUGGCAGUGAAGGGGUGGAUAAUGGAGGAUUCUUCUGUGACAUGCAUUAUUACUGGCUUGGUUGGGAAAGGAGUCCGGUUUGCGUUUGUUAGAGGCGGCUCGGCUGGCUUCUUGGACAAGGUGGUCUGGUGGUCUGGUGUUGGUCAGCAUUUCUUUUGUGAUACAAAAACUAAAGGGUAAUACACUACGUUCAUUCUCAA